UGUUCCAGCUGGGUGUUGGGGACUUCAGCGCUAGCCGGCUAACUUAGCCAGGACGGAUUAACAGCAGUUUCGUUUCAGUUUAAUAUCCUGUAUUUCAUUUUAGUGCCCUGUAGCACUGAGAGGAUGACCACAAUGACCACAGUGAUGGACUUCGUUAGCCUAGCUUAGCUUAGCUUAGCUUGCUCCAUACUGGCCUAUGAGGAGUUAGGUUAGCUUGUUAGCUUAGCUUGUAAACAAAAGAGCCGUUCCGCAGGCGGCGGCGCUCCGAGACGGGGUUUUAUGGUAAACUCUCAGUCCAGGGAUCCAGAGCCCAGGGACCAUGCUGUAGUUCGGGAGCAGCCUCUUUUCCCACUAAUGCGCACCUCUUUAAACUCAGCAACGUUAUGGAGAACGUUAUAUCAGCAGUAGCAUGAGAGAGAAGACGUUAAAUAAGUUUGGGGUUAAGUGGUGAAGCUGCGUGGCUGUCAGCUCUUCUUGUCCAGGGAGGGAGGGGGCUUCGCCAGCCAUGUCGCGAGUCCUCACCCCCCCUCCCCCGGGGGAGAUGGCCAGCGGGCCGGUGGCUGAGAGCUGGUGCUACACACAGGUAAAAGUAGUGAAAUUUUCCUACAUGUGGACCAUUAACAACUUCAGCUUCUGUCGAGAGGAGAUGGGCGAGGUAUUAAAGAGCUCCACUUUCUCGUCAGGUCCAAACGAUAAGAUGAAAUGGUGCCUGAGAGUCAAUCCAAAGGGACUCGACGAUGAAAGCAAAGACUACCUGUCAUUGUAUUUGCUCCUGGUUAGCUGUCCAAAAAGUGAAGUCAGAGCAAAGUUCAAAUUUUCCUUACUCAACGCUAAGCGUGAAGAGACUAAAGCUAUGGAAAGCCAAAGAGCCUACCGCUUCGUCCAAGGCAAAGACUGGGGCUUCAAAAAGUUUAUUAGAAGAGAUUUUCUGCUCGAUGAAGCAAACGGGCUCCUACCUGAUGACAAGCUCACUCUAUUCUGUGAGGUGAGCGUGGUGCAGGACUCUGUGAACAUCUCGGGCCAGUCCAACAUGAACAUGCUGAAGGUUCCGGAGUGCCAGCUGUCGGAUGAUCUGGGGAACCUGUGGGAGUGUUCUCGUUUCACAGACUGCUCUCUGUAUGUAGGAGGGCAGGAGUUCAAGGCCCACAAAUCCAUCCUGGCAGCGAGAUCGCCGGUCUUUAAUGCCAUGUUCGAACAUGAAAUGGAGGAAAGCAAAAAGAACCGGGUGGAUAUCAGCGACAUCGACCCAAAUGUCUUCAAAGAAAUGAUGGGUUUCAUUUACACAGGAAAAGCACCGAAUCUGGAAAAAAUGGCUGACAGUUUAUUGGCAGCAGCCGAUAAAUACGCUCUGGAGCGUUUAAAGGUUAUGUGUGAGGAGGCCCUGUGCAGCAGUCUGUCUGUAGACAACGUGGCCGACACCCUCAUCCUGGCAGACCUGCACGGCGCCGAGCAGCUCAAAGCGCAGGCCAUCGAUUUUAUCAACAGGUGCAGCGUUCUCCGACAGCUGGGCUGCAAGGAUGGCAAAAACUGGAAUAGCAACCACGCCACAGACAUAAUGGAGACUCCGGGCUGGAAGUCAAUGAUCCAGUCUCAUCCUCACUUAGUGGCCGAGGCUUUCCGCGCGCUAGCCUCGGCCCAGUGCCCACCCUUCGGCCUGCCCAGAAAGAGGCUAAAACAGUCCUGACUCGUCGGCUUUCUUAAGCCGGGCACACGCCAGAGACGUAGAGGUGCGUGUGAAGUUCCUCUCCUCGCAGAGCGGCAGCCUUUCUUCAGCGAUGAGUUCGGUCUUGGAGCUUUAAACAUUUCCGUCGUCUCUGAUGGCCUUAAACUGUUCGCCGUGGCUCCACAAAGCCUCUUUUCUCCUCUUUUCUCAGCUCUACUCUGUGCCUGCCUUGUCCCGAAGAGACCAGGCCUCCUCCCCUCCCUUGCACUAGUUCCCAAAGUCUGUCUGUUUUGAUACGGGAUUCAGUAAGAAUGUAUGAAGGGUUUGAUAAAUGGGAAAAUAUUGUUAUAUAUGGUCAUCGUGUUUGGCCCGUUUUGCGACUAAACAUUGAAAGUGAUGGCUGAGUGCCGCUGAGGUCACUGCUCUACACUUUUUGAAGAGACAAGAUAAUGCCCCAUAUUGAUGGCACUAUUUCUAUGUAAGACAUAUUUGACAUUUAAACAUAUUUGAAAGGAAAAAAAAAUUUAAAAACAUAGUACUCGUAAAUAUUGUGGAGAAGACAACUGUAUGCAUUUGAGAUGUUUGUAAUGCUUAUGUGACAAAAGGAAUUAUUGUCUGUGUUGUUCUGCCCCUAAUUUAUUCAUAUGUGAGAGAACGUUACAAUACGAGAGAAACAAGUGUUAAGUCUCCACUUUCCCCAGGUUAGUCUGGUGUUGCUUUCUUUUACAGCUUGUUACGUUCUAGGUAUUUACUGGGUACAAACUCCAAAGUACUAGGUAAUUAUUUUGAGUAAAAGGAGAAUAAGUACCGAAAACGUCCUGUUCACAUAUAUCUAGAUUUUUCUAGAGUUUUCUUUGUGUUUUGGCCUCGCGUCCACACGGAAAUGACGUUUUCGGUCACUAGUAAUUCAUAUUUUUGAAAAAUGCUCUCCAGGGUGUUUUUGUGCAAAACGCAGCUUUUUGAAAACCAUUAGCUGGAUAUGUAGCUGUUUUCAUUUAUUGAGCAGAACGCUGCCCAAAAAAUGGGUUGUUUAUGUGCACAAACAGAAGUUAUAAUCAUCUUUAUGAUUAAGUUUGGCUUUACUGUGUCAAACUUCAGAGAAGGGGUAUCAGAAUGUAACAUUCCCGUGCUCAGUUCUUUUAAGUGGUCGACUGCAAAUAUUAAAAAUAUCUCAAGGAUUCUAAUACGUGACAUUAUGAUAACUAAACCAACCAAACAGAUUUGAAGAAAUAACAACAAUAAUAAUUAAAAAAAAGAAUAAUUGAAAUGGGGUGAAAAGACUCAGAGAUGGUAGUGUUGCCAUAGAAACAUUAGUGAACUCAUGGCAAACGGUAGGUUUUGUUUCACUUUCUUAUAAGCUUUUAUUUUCUGGCAGAAGUCUGACUUCUGUGUGAAAUAUCGAAUUGGGGAGCUCAGUGUUUGUAGCACAUUUGUCACGUUAUGGAAACUUUGCUUUAACAUCUCAGCUCUACUUUGCGCCACAAUGUUGUUUUUAAGGCAGCAUCAAAUUGUACAAGGUAUAAUCUCCCCUUAUUAGGCUGGAUUGCUCAUGCGAGUGUUUGCGAGUCGUUUUCACGUUUUUGUGUAAAUGUAGAUUUUUAAAAAAUGCUGCUGUUUUGGACAAAGUGGAUGAGGCUUAAAUUACACUGAACUGCCCAACAGGUUCUUUCUGUUAAGCCUGUAACAGAUAUAGUACUUGUUAAUUUUUUGGAGUAUAAGGUGGUAAAUACAAACACUGAAUACGUUUUACUGUAAUAUUUCAUGUUUAAGCAGGAAAUUUUAUAGUUAACACCCUGUAAAACCACAGUAUCAUUGUGUUUUUCAUUUUGUUCAAGUAUUAAACAGGUACAUACUGUAUAGGACUCUUGUGUCUUCAAGUGUCUGUGUAUGGCCUUUUAAUCCCAUUUAACUGAAAGGUAUUUGGUGGACUUUGGUUUAAUUUCCUGCUUAAGUGUGAAACAGUGAAAUUUAGUGCAAGUAUGUUUGUACUGACCAUUUCAUAAAUGCAAAAACUCAUCUUAAAAUUUAUUUUUUUGCCAUUCACGUUUUGAGCUUGCCACCUUUUUCAUGUCUGAGCUUGAUAUUCUAAAUAAUUAUCCACUUAUGAGAUGUUUUUUAUAUCCAGUUAUGUCGUUUAUCUGCCUAAUGGCUAAAACCUGUAAGACUGGGCAUCUGGAUAUACUUUGCCUGGAUUCCAUUUACACUUUUUAUUGUUCUCCAGAGUGUUCUCCAGCCUCCUGUAUCCUUGUUUAUCCUCUCAUGUGCUAGUAGUGUUGUAGUACUCAAGUCCAGUCUUCUUAAUCUUAACCUGGUCUCGGUCUUGACUCACCUCUAGUAGUCUUGACUACAACACAGCCUACAGUGCCAAACACUGCCUACAACAUAGCUGUAUGCAGAUAUAGUUAAAAACAUUGUUUACACUUGUGUUAAAUGUGAUCAAGAUCCGUCUCUGAACACCUCCGUCUGUGGUUUGAGUGAUCCAAUAGUAAUCUGGUCACAAUGCGUCCUGGGUGUGUUUUAAACCUGGUAAAAUCCAAGUGUGAUCCGAUCACUGGAUGCAUGUUGAUGAACCGUGCAAAUAACCUUUCAGUGUAAUUCAAGCGUUCCGUUCCAAAUAAACUCUGGAGUUUUGUAUCACACACCCAGUAAAUAUCUAGAACCAGUUGUUUCAGCGUUGUUGAGAGCAACUGGAGCUCGCCGUGUCAUUUAAAAUAAUUACCUAGUACUUUGGAGUUUGUACCUCACACUUACCCAGUCAGUUCUGGAAAGUAGGGCUCUAAAAGAAAGCAUUACAGUUACUCCUAGUUGGUCUGUACUAGUGGUCGACCGAUGUUAGUUUUUGAAGGACAGAUGCCAGUUUUCAGGGUUUGGGCACAGCAGCGUUGGUGAUGUGGUUCAGGGAGCAGAGGCCCAGAGCACGGCGUCAGUACUGCCCCUAACGUCACAUUGUCUUAGCUAGUUAACUUUAAUUUAUCCAGCCUUUGUUUAACAUACCACAUUUAUUUUUGAUUAAAAACCAUAGAUUGUGUUUAUAUGCACUUAAUGAUCCGAUAACCACGGAAAAUCAGAUUUCGUCAGUAAUCCGAUCAACACGUUUACAUGCACUUGGGUAAUCAGAUAAUGGGGAAACUCCAGGUCUGCAUGAGUCAUUAAUCGAAUAAACAGCCAAUAAACUCACAGAAGAAGACGUGACGUAAACAUCGAGUUGCUUUAGCAGAAAAUAUGAAUAUAAAUCAUCUAGAAGAUGAAGAAUAUUUAAAUCCUUCAUCUUGUCAAUUAUGUAGUCAGUUUCAGCGUCGCGCCAAAAGUGUUUUGUUGGGUCUCGCAGGUGCUGUUAGACACUGGUAGCUUUUUCAUGUACCGUGUCUAUUUUCGCACGUGCUGACUGAGAGAAGUGAAAGAAAUCAGAGUAGGAGUUUACACGUGCUGAGAAAUCUGAUUAUUGAGCUAAAAUCUAGCUCUCUUCAUCAGAUUUCUUAAUUGGACUUCAAGGCCUUAUUCUGAUCUGAGUGUGUUGUUUACAUGACCACUUGAAUAAUCAUAACUGCAGAAAUCUGAUUAUGGUUGGAUUAUUAAGUGCAUGUAAACACACUCACAGAUAACUUCCCAAAUUCUUAAUGUGAAUUACUCAAAAGCUCAGAUAUUUACAUAAUAACUGACUGACUGUCCAUCACCUUUCGAAUUUUUCAGUGCCGAUACCAGUAACAAUGUUUUGAUUUCGAUUCCUGAACGAUUCUAAGUGGAUUUUGGCUUAAAGCAAAAAUGAUUGAGGCUCUUUAAAGUGUUCAUUUUCUCACUGCAACCGAUUACAGACUGAUCGCGAAGCGCUGAUGUUAAUGUUAAUUAUGUGCAUAUGGAAUAUAAUUCCGACAGCCAGUCAGCAGUCUAGAUUUUGGAGCAAGCAUGCCUUUUGGCUCACUGAUGCUGGGAUGGACUGCUUAGGUAUUGAAAUUUGAUAUUGAAUAUCAAUUUUUCAAUAAUUUGUAUUGUUGAAGAACCAUGAAAGUAUUACAUUUCAAUACUGGGCAUGUGCAGUAAAGUUUCAGCGAAGCAAAGUCCGUGGUAUUAUGCUAAAUUUGCUAGUUUGCUUGUUAACAUUACUGCUAGCCAAGUUCCAACCUCAGAUGCUCCACCCACAUGUAGAUGGAGAGUCUGGUAUCUGUUACGUUAAGAUGGCCACAACUGUUGGGGUUCUGUCAGCUCCAUUCUAAUUGGCUACCCGACAGCCUUAUUAAUACAGGUGGUUUUAUCAGUCUUGGAAAACAUGUUUGUAAACACCUUCGAAGCGAUAAAGUCACUGGUUUGAAAAAACAUUUAAGAAGUUUGUGGCGUAACAUCAAAAGAUAUUCCGUAGUUGUCUUUGAAGUGUUGAGUCACUUCUAAGCAAGAUCCUCGAGUUUGCUGAUGGUUUUGUUUCCUGUGGGUGUGUUUUUGUUGCAGACCACUCCCCUACACUUAAUGCCCAAACAGCGGUCUGUGGUGGGUUUAUUUACAUAUGAGCCAGAUGGCCUUUCCUGUCAAAGUAGGUGGUUCUUGGCCACGUUAAGAGGCAAAAUGUACUAGACUCUCUGUGAGAGACUACUGCUGGCCUAAUGUUAAUACACAGGAUAAACACAAGAAAAUAAAAUUCAGUAUCAACAUAUUUUCCAAAUAUAUCACUGUGGCAGUUGAUAGUUUUAAGUUAGCAAUAAUAAAGUUAAUGAGCUCUUGUUUCUUUAGUGCUGCUUCUCUAUACUAAAGGACUACCUUACAAACCUGAUAUUACUUGUUUUUGGUUAGACUUUGUUUUGCUUUCUUAAAAUGACACCAAAGGAAAUCCUACACAGUAUUGUAAACGCUAACUAGACAGCAAACACAUUCCCAGAAAGAGAACUUAUUAUUUAUUUAGUUUUGCAUUGGGUUGGUCUGAAUGGCAUUUUACAGGCUUUGGAUAUUUGUUGGUAUUUCUGAGUACUCUAAUACUUAUUCUGAAAAUCACCCUUAAAAAUAAUAUUUACAUUUCAAAAUUAAGCAUAAUAUACAUUCGUUAAUGUAGUUCAGGCCUCAAAGAUGUAUUAAUAGUCAAGCUGAAGCCCAGCUGCUUUUUAUUUAGUUUUUAUGGGUGUAAAACUUUUCUUUCAAAACAAUUUGAAUAUCUAUGAUAUAAUUCUCACUUAUCUGUCAAAUAUAUUACUAAAAAUAUUAUAACUUUACAGCACUGUUAUCCACCCCAUAUAUUGCCCAGCACUAGUCCUUCGGUCAGGUCCUGAAAUGCUUUCAGCUUAUUGGUCGACCACUAGUUUAUCCACAAAACCUGUUGCCUUUUCAAAGUCCGUCGUAAUCCAAACACAUUAGGGUCGAUAGUUAAACCGUUUUAGAUGCAUGAAAAUGAACCAAGACGUCUGUGGAGAUGUUUCGUUGAUGGUGUUCUUUGAUACGUAUUUUGGGGAAAACCUUGCAGAUACCUGUAAAGAACUGAACCUGUGUUCAGACGGGUGUUGGCAGCAGAUCAGAGGGCCAGUGCAGAAUUCAGUGCUCCCUCUGUUCUAACACACUAAAUUCAGCGUUACCGAGCUGUGUGGGUCACCGGGGUGCGGUGGAUCAGUGCUUUGGUCCUCUAGGCUUUUAUUUUUUAUUUUUUUUGAAGCCCCUUGGUCAGACAAUCCACCUUCCGAUGUACUGUCUUCUAGAAUCAGGAAUGCAGGAUGCUGAGCAUCCAACAGUGGCAUUAUUACAAUGUGAGUUGAUGAAUAUAUAUUUUUCAUGACCUGUGGUAUUACGGUAAAACUGACAUUCUGAGUUGGAGGGAUUCUGUGCAAAGUUUGUGUCAUGUUACACCAACUUGUUCUGUUUGAGGAUGUGUUUUGUGAAGAUUCUGGACUUCUUGAAAAGGUCCAGUGUCUGUAAGAAUGCCUGCGUUGUCUCAUUAAAAACUUUUUUCCAGCAUA